AUGGGGUCAUGUGCCAGGCGGAGGUUGCGCUCCUUCCCUCACUGCCUCAGUGACUUUGCCUUUGAGAGCCAGAUCCCUGGGAUCGGUGAGCUGCAGAGGCUGCUGGGCCAUGGCGAGUAUGAGCCCCUGCGCCCUGCCCCCAUUUUUGAGAGCACCUUCCUACAGGUGACCAGGCAUGGAGAGCCAGUGUACCUGCACAGCCAUGACAACCUGGUCAUUGUGGGCAUCACUGCCACCAGUCCUGCCUUGCUGCUGCCAGACAUCAUGAUCCUUGCAUGCUCUAAGGAUCAUGCCCAGGGCAAGGAGCAGGCCCUCUGUGCACCCCAUGCAGCUUGUGACCUAGAGCUCACCAGGUUGAUCCCGCUGGAGCUGGCGAGCCUCUACAUCCAUGACAUGGAAGAGCAGCAGCUCAAGCUGCAGCUAGUGAAUGGGCGCGCCUACUACCUGCAGCUCUGUGCCCCACAAGGCGAGGCCCACCUGCUGUUUGCCCGUUGGCUGCGCCUCAUGCACCUUCUGCAGGCCCCACUGGAGAGCUUCAGUCGGACAUCCAUGGGUGGCCCAGGAAGUCCUUACAGCUGGCACCGCUCCCACUACAACGCCAUGUCCAUGGUGCUCUGGGCCCAGGGUGGUGCAGGGGCCAAAAGCCGGAGCAGCGUUACCUUUGUGACUCUCUACAGCAUCCUCUCCAACUCGCUGGACAAGCUGAUGACUGGGAAGACGAGUCAGAGGAAGAGUGAGGAGGACAAAACUCAGCUCUCUUCUAAGGCCUCCAAACGGGUGACCAUCUCAGGUGUGGUGAAGCCCUUGACAACUGGUUCUAAUCUGGGAAACACCAAGCCCUCAGAAACAGGUGGCCAGGUGGUGUCAGAGGUGAGCCCCAGGGAGCAGAGUGACAGCCAGCAUGGUUCUAUCAGUGAGUCUGAGCCAUCCAGAGUCCCCAUAACCUCCGUGGCUGUGGAGCGCUCAGAGCCAGAAACAUUGUCUGUGGCUGUGGAGCCAUCUGUACUAGGUCAUACAAACAGCACCCAGCUUGAAGAGGCGGAGAGCAGAAGUCAAAAUCAGCUUCGUUCCUCAAAUGUCACCAAGGAGGCAGAUGCCCCUUCUGCCACAGCUGCCCAACAUGUGGAGAGCAGGGAUGUGGCUAGAGAAGCAUGGAGGAUGUCCGCACACUCUGUGGCCCACGGCCCUUCUGAGAAGUCCAGGGUCUCUGGGACUCUCCGCCCUCAAGCGAAAUCAAAAGUCUCUGCAGCAUUUGGCCACUUGGAGGUAUCCAGAGUUUCUGUGGCCGUAGGGUGCUCAGAAGUGGGCCUCAAGAGCAGUGUCAACAAGGGGAGAAGCAAAAAUAAGCACAGCUCCUUGAGUGCUACAGCCAGGCAAGCCUCUAAGUCCAGGGCCAGCAGGAAGGCACCCAAAAAGCAGGGCAAGGUGAAGAGCCAGCAAGGCUCCCCCAGCUGCUCAGAAGAGCCAAGUGACCAGCUGAUAGCUCCUAGGAGCUCCAAGGCCUCAAUGGCGGUGGGCCUGUCAGAGCCAGCUGUGGCCUUAAGUGCUGUGGGGCCCUCACAGGGGCCCAGCACAGCCUGGCCCUUGAAGCUGGACAGCAACAUGAGAAACAGGAGUGAAGACCAGUGGAACAGGAGCCACCGCUCCUCCAUGGAGCCAUUAGUGACCAGGUAG